GUUCUACAACUGCUAAAUUUUGGCCUUUUGUGUUUUUUCAACAUUGUUAGGUUCAGGGGUUGUUUCCAUGGAAACGAACUCAAUUUACAUAUAUAAAAAUUGUCAUUUUUCAAACAGUAGAGACCUCCUUUCUAUGAUAAAAUGAUUUUCAGAAAAGUCUACUUACUUUCAUCUCAGCAUCAUAUCCCCUUAACAACAAAUAAACAGAGGCGCUAAAUAUUGAAAUUGGUCCGUUUUCAAGAGAAAUCAUGAUGAAAACCAAAUACAAGUAUGGAAGCGAAUUUGCGGAGACACAGGCUUAUGCAAUAGCAAAUCGUGAAAACGAAGGACUUACAAAGGAACUAGAUGCUAAGGAGUUGAGAGAUGAGGAUGAGGACUAUCAAAGGUAUGAAGAGGGUAAUCCACAAUACAAUAACUCUAUGAAGUACAUCGAUGCCCAGAUAAAACGUUUGUCUAAGAUCUAUAAUCCAGACAAGAAAACCGUCCUACAAGAACUACGAAGACUGAGAGAGGAUCCAGUGGAACUAUACCCCAUUGAGAGAAUGACGCGGAAACAGACAACACUGAAGAAAAGCUGGAAACAACGGAGUUUGAGUCAGAGUUCAGGGACAGUACAGAGUAUCUACAGUGGCUGGAUCGUCAGCUUCCGUAUCUGCUGGUGUAGCGAAAGGCUUAUUGUUUUAACAUUAUCAUCUGUAAUAAUAGAUUUAAAAAACCAUUUGAAUCCCAGUAUGCAGUUCAUAACAAUUUCUUUCGAUACUGGAGCAGGGAUGAAUAUUAUCAAUUUCUUCCGGAAAUGGAACCCCUAAUUGAAAUGGAUGAAGAUAUAGAUGAGCAUACUGAAUAUGCAAAAGACGUUGCAGAUAUGGAAGAUAUCUGGAAAGAAGGAUUAAAGCCUGAGUUUGAAAGCGGAAGG